AGUCUCUCUAAUAGUUUUACAUAUGUCAAUUUUCUAUUUUGAAUAUAUUAAUAUUUUAUAUAAAUGGAAUUUUUUGGAAUUACUUUGUAUGGUCCUCAGAAUUUUAUAAAGGAUACUCUAAGAAGUGAUUACGAAGAGCCAAUGUCCAAAGAAGAAGUUAAGCCAUUGAUGCAAAGAAUAAUUCAAAAUUCGACUAUGCCAGAAAGAGUCCAAAGGCCGGACGUCGACUCUAUCAGGUUGAUUGAUUGUUACAUUGGUAGAGUAAAUGGCUUUGCUUAUGGGUCAUUUCAAAGAUUCAUCAAAAUGAAACGCAAGGGAGUUAUAAAACCAGUAGGACCAGCCGAUAUGUAUAGAAUUCCACCUUCCAGCUCUAACGAUUAUGGUUGGUGGCAACAUGAUCUGGAAAUUACUUCUAGCUCUUGGCAUAAAACAUUUCCAAGACGACCCCAACCAACAUCACCGAAUACGCUUAUUUUGGAUAUUGUUAGGAAAAAUAAUAAAUACGCUACUCUGUUUUAAAACCUUAGGUUAAAAGUCU